CGCAUCGCAUCAUCCCAAGUUCCCAACCCAAUGAAGGUCCUCCAUCUUUCAUUCACCGUCGUCCCCAAACCCAAACCCUUCCUCCGAAACGGUGUGUCGUCAUGAUCCGCGGGUUCGCCGGCGCUUCAGGACCGGCGAUGAUGAUAACGGCGAGUUGCAAGAAUAACAAGGCGGUGAUUCUGGACCCUGAUGAGAGGAAUUUAUUGUCUCAGGUUCAUUCGCUCCUCAAUGUUUAUCAGAUAGGUUUAAGGAGGCUGUGGGGAUUUUGAGGGAUAUGGCUAAGAGGGGUUUGUCCCCUGAUGUUGAUACUUAUUACCCUCUUAUAUGCGGGUUUUGCCAAACCGGGAAGCUGGGUAAGGCGUUUGAAAUGAAGGCCAAGAUGGUUCACAAGGGCAUCUUGCCUGAUGCUGACACAUACGGGAUUCUUAUACUGACCCUGUGCCGGAAGGGAAGACUGUCCAAAGCAUUUGAUCUCUUCCUAGAGAUGCUGCGCGAGGGUGUGUCGCCGCAUAAGUACAUUUAUACUAGGUUGAUGAAUUAUUAUUGUUUUAAAGGUGAAUUCAGUAAAGCCUUAGAUUUACCUGAUGAGAUGAUAAACAAGGGUUUUUUGCCUGAUGGGAUUUCACCCUCUCUUGUUAUAUACAACGCGCGUAUUCAUGGGUGUUGUGUUUUGGGGAGGGUUGAGGAGGCUUUGGGGAUUUUGAGGGGCAUGGCUGAUAUGGGUUUAUCCCCUGAUGUUGUUAGUUAUACCAAUGUUAUAAAAGGGUUUUGCAAAAUCGGGGAGCCGGUGAAGGCGUUUGAAUUGAAGCUGGAGAUGGAUGAAAAGGGAAUCCCACUGUAUGAAGACAUUUACCAAUCACUUCUGGAUGACCUGUCGGAUGAGGUUACUUAUUCUACUUUGAUCAAUGAUUUUCAUGCUCAAGGUAACUUGAUGGACGCUUAUUGUUUGGAAAGUGAAAUGAGUGAGUAUUCUUAUUUAACAGACGAUGUUAUCUCAAGUGUGCGCAUUAAUGGACUUAAUAAGAAAGCUACGACAAUAGAAGCUAAGAGGUCGCUUGUGAGGUGGUUUUAUCAAGACUGUUUGAGUAUUCCAGCUUAUAGGACAUAUGAUACUCUGAUAGAGAACUGCAGUAAUAAUGAAUUUAAAACUGUGGUAGGGCUUGUCAAAGAUUUCAGCAUGAGGGGUUUAGCACAUAAAGCAGCCAAAGCUCAUGACAAAAUGCUUCAUGGGAAUUAUAAGCCAGAAGGAGCAAUUUAUAAUUUAUUAAUAUUUGAUCAUUGUAGGCAUGGUAAUGUUCACAAGGCGUAUGAUAUGUACAAGGAGACGGUGCAUUCAGGGGUGGAAAUAGGCCGAGCCGAGCCAAGCUUUACGUGGCCUAGGCCUGGCCUGCAUUUUUUUUUCGUGGCCCAAGCCUGGCCUGUGGCCUAUCAAUAGGCCAAAUUUUAUGGCUUGGCCUGGCCUUUUCUAGGGCUUGGCCUGACCUACAAGCCUUCUUAAAAGCCUAUUUAACAGACAAUUUUGUCAAAAGAAGAUCAUUAGGCUUGCGGGCUAAUAAGCCUUUUAUAUAUCAUUGCACUUUCUUUUUCAAAUAAAAAAACAUGUAUCAUUGCAUUUCAAAAACUAAACCUAUAUCAUUGGAGGAGAGGUGGACUUGGCAACGGUAGAUCGGUAGUGGCGGCUUGCUGCAGCCUGCGUCCUGUGUGGCUGAGGAUGUGCUAUGCUGAAUAUGUUUGAAACAUUUCUAAUCUAGGUUAGGGUAGGGACUUAGGGUUUUCUUUUAUACUAAAGUAUACAUCAGUUUAAAAAAAAUUAAAUUAUAUUUAUUUAUAUUAUUAAUAAAAAUAAUAUAUAAGUAGGCCGGCCUAUCAGGCUAAAUAGGCAUUUUUAAAUUGUUUAGGCCUGACCUUUUUAGUUAAAUAGGCCUUUUAAAAAGCCUAAGCCUGGCCUUUUUAAUAAACGAGCCAGGCCGGGCCGAGCCUCAGACGAGCCGAGCCAUAGGCCCCUGACGAGCCGGCUGGCCUAUUUCCACCCCUAGGUGCAUUAUGGUUUUGUUUCUCAUAUGUUCUCUGUACUUACUCUUAUUAAGGCUCUAUAUUAUGAUGGAAGGUACAAGGAGAUGAGUUGUGUUAUUCAAAAUGCAUUGAGGAGCUGUAGUCUCAAUGAUUCUAAGCUACUUAAAGUAAUUACUGAAAUUGACAUCCGGAAAGAUAAAAUGGGUGCAUUGAUGGCCUGUUACUUGAUGGUGGAAAGUGUUCACAUGCUUCAGCAAGUACCUAAUAUCUUUGGUUUUGCUUGUUGAAGUCUGUUACCAUAAACCUUGAGCUGACUCUUCCAGCUUGCAUCUAGCAUGCUCUGGCUUGGAGACUCUGGUCCACUGUCAAGUUGUCCCUUAUUGAAUGUUGUGAUGGAGGAAAUCACCUCUCAUGUAGUUAAAUACUGUCCUCACUUUAGCUUUAACUACAUGAGAUUGAGGGUGAUUUACCCGUCACAACAUUAAUCAUGGACAGCGGGAUUAAGUUGCUCCUUGGGUGAUAGCCAUAUUUCCAGCUAGGGUUUUUAUUGUGUUUUGGAAUUAUGUAUGUGUUGUUAGAUAUAACUAUUGUGGGAUUCUCUUCUGUGGAGAAUUUGAGUAAUGAUCCAUUGUCAUUUAGUUCUUUCAUGUAUGUUGGUAUACUUUUGUGUACUCCUAUCAUUUGUGGACUAUAUCAGUCUUUUUCAGUUACAUUCUGCAAAUGAUGUCGCCAAUUCCAUUAUUCUGUCGUUUGUGUUUGUGUCAUUGGUAAGUCUUCCCCAUCUGUUAACAAGUAGAGAUCAUUUUAUGAGUAAUUUUCAGUGAAAUUAUAAUUAGAAUAAAUUUCUUUCCCAGUCAAAGAAUUACAGAUGGACUUAUCUAACGUUGUUAGGAUGACCACCUGGAGUAAGACUAGAGUAUCGCUUUAUUUAAGAUCCCAGUUUUGAGAGUACCUGAGCUAAGGAUCUUAGCAAAAGUUAAGAUAUCAUGUCAUGUAGGAUAACUCCAAUGGUGAGAUCUAACAAGAUCCGAAUCUUAUUUUAAAAUUCUCAAAUAAGGACUUCAUUGAAAAUGCUCUAAUAUCUUUGGCUUUGCUUGUUGAACUCUGUUACCAUAAACCUUGAGCUGACUCUUCGAGCUUGCAUCGAGCAUGAUUUGGCUUGGAGACUGGCAAUAUGGGAAGUUCUCCCUUGCUAGGAAAGCAGUGUAUCAUCAUUUAUGUGGAACUCUACAGCUAUCAAAGACCUUCUA